AUGAGCUCAAGAAAGCGGUCUCUGCGCGAGGCCAACAUCGCACCUGCACAACAAAGCCAGGAGGAGUCUUUGGUCCACAAGCUCAGGAACUCGUUCUACUUCGCAAAUCUCUACCAAUGGAUCUGCAUAUUCGGAAAGGUGGUCAAGAUCGACGACAAUCUCGACAUCGAGGACCUCGAGACAGAGUGUCUUAAGCAUGGAUCGAUGGCCUUGCAAGACAUUGGUCUGUCCAUGCUGAAGCACCUCUCGUCGCACCGCGGAUUGACACACGAGCUCUUCGACGAAUACACUCGACGACAAUUCGUUGCCAAAAUGCCAAACAAGAAGAAUCCUUUCGGAGACGGAGAGGUCACGCAGAAAUUUGCAGAUUUUGAUCUAUUCAAGAAACUUCGCACGCUAUGGCAAAUGACACAACUCAUCAUGAUGAAACCCGAGAAUAUUCGACCAAACAUGGACGAGCAACGAGUCGAUGAUCAGACGGGCUGGAGAAUCGAGCCGUACGGAUGGGACCGCAAAGACCGCGAGUACUACGUAUUAGACGACAACCGAAUGUACCGCCUCACGGCCGCAGCUCCUCCCGCAGCUCCUCCGAAGAAAAACUCUCAGAAGGCCAGGGCAGCAGCGCGAUCUGCCAAGCGCAGGCGUCUUGCGGCGUCUGCAGACGGCACAAGCAACAACGGCGAUGAGGACACGGCCAGCGUGUCAGAAAUAAACGACCAAACCGACCAUGCUGACGAAGAUCCCCUCGGUGGGGCUACGUGGGAAUGCGUCGCCAUCACCCUGGACGAAGUCCGCAGUUGUAUCGAGCCGUUCAAAAAGACCAAGGACGCCAACGAGAAGAUCCUGCGGGAGCAGAUUGAAGGCCACCUCGUGCCCAUACUGGAGAAGCAAGAAGAGUCUCGGAAGCGCAAGAUGGUACAACGCGAGAAGGAGCUUCUGAGUCUGCAGAAGAUGGCCCAUGCCAAGAGAUCAAGUCGCCUCGCUGGCAAAGCCGAGCAGCGCAGACACGAAGAGAUUGAGCGCGAAGAACGCGAGAAACGACAGGCGGAGGAAGUAGCCGCUCGCAAGGCUGAGGAGGAGAGAGUAAAGAUGGAGAAGGAACGUGGAAAUCGGCUGAUGUCCAGAGAGCAGCGUGUCCGUGAUCGCGAGGCCCGUCGCAUCCAGCAUGAGGAGGAGUUGGCUCAGCUUUCAGAGGGAAGCAAGGGUCCUGAAGCUGGACGCCUGUCCGAGCGUCGCCUGAAGGCAGAAAUCGAGAAGAACAAGCAAGCACUGAAGGAGUUGGAUGAUGAAGAAGAAGAGUGGACCUUUGACUGCGUCUGCGGCCUGUAUGGACAAGUCGAUGAUGGAGAGCACUCCGUUGCCUGCGAGAGAUGCAAUGUCUGGCUGCAUAGCAAGUGUCUCGGCAUUGAUGAGGACGAGGCCGAGCGAGACGAUUUCCACUUCAUUUGCAGCCACUGCCAACAGACCGAGCGAGAGAGGAAGGAGAAGCAGCAGCAGCAGAAGCACCCGCAAAAGAUCAAGGUCAAGACCAAAGAGCCUGCCUCGACUGCGUCGACACCAGGCCCAGGCGUCGCCAAACCCAUAUCUACGACACCGAUCCCGCUGCCACAAAUACCGGGCAUGAACCCGAACAUUCACAUCGACAUCAAGUCGAAGCAGUCUCCGCAUACCGGUGGCCCCCAGCUGAACGGGGUGUCUUUGCCAUCCGCCAGCGCUUCCACGAUCGCGAAGCCUCCAGAGCCCUCCCCGCAGAAGCACUCUUCCCCUCCGGUCGACAGCGCUACUGCCACACAGACAUCCUCGACCGUGGCUCCUCAGCCGCCGUGGGCAUUCCCUGCACGAAAGUUGUCGCUCAACGGUGUGGCGCACAACCCAUUUUCCUCGCCACAUCCAAGCCUACUGCCUCCAGACCAGUCGCCCAACAAGUCUCGUGCUUAUGGCAACAUAUACAACUCAUCCAGCCCCGCCGCGCAGAAGGAGCUAGAGACGGACCCAUCACUUGGUGGUCGCCCCGUCCUACAUCCGACCGCAAACGGUGCCGCCCCUAGUUCCGGGACGCCUUCGAAGGAGACAAAGGAGCCCUCAACUGUCUCCCCACAAAAGCCGUCACAGACUCCACUGAGCUCCGCGAGCAACUCAAAAGGCCUAGACCAGCUGAUGUCCUCCCCAUCGUCAAUGACAACGCCACGGCUGAGCCCUGCUCGCCUGGAGGACAGUGAUCCCCUACCGCCAUCCCGCGGUGGCCUGUCUCCUACAAAGAACUCGCCAUCCUUGUCGGCCGUCAAGUCCAGCCCUGCAAAUGCCCGGCUGCCACCCGUUGAAGCGCUGUCACCUUCGCCUCACCAGGUUGACCUGACGCCUCCUGUCAAGCAUGACGGCGAGCCUGUUCGUCCCGUGUCACAACAUGACACGGAGACUUAG